AUGCCGAACAACACCUUGCCCGGCCCUACGGGUCUAGUUCUCAAGUACAUCCUGCUUGGUUUAGGCACUCAAAACUAUACAUGCGCCACCCCAGGGUCUUCUGCCGCACCAGGCACUACAGGAGCAAAAGCUACGCUCUACGAUCUAGGCACUAAGCUAAGCACUGAUCCUUUCGCCAAAUGGAAGAUUAAUACUAUCCCCACACUCGCCCUUAGCCUGUCCUCCUAUUCGCCAGUACUUAGUUCCUGGCUCGCGGUAUCAGGGUACAGCACUAUCCUCGGCAAGCACUUCUUUACCAGCGCUAUGGUUCCUACCUUCAGCCUCGACAACGUCCCCCCGCCACCUUUCCCACAAGUUAACGGGAAGAAGAACGGCACGAUGACUGCGCCCAUCUAUUCCUGUCCAGGCACGACUAACGAAGGCGCCGUCCCCUGGCUUAAGUUAAUCGACGCUGGCGGCUCUCAGAGUGGAGUCAACACGGUCUAUAGGUUGGUAACUGCCGGUGGAAGCGCGCCUGCGACCUGCGAGAAUAUCCAGACAACAAUAUUCGAGGUCCCUUACGCGGCUGAGUACUGGAUCUACGGUAUCCUCACAGCAUAA